AUGUUUUUUUCUUUUGUUAAUACAAGAGAGUGUCCAUGUCGUACAGAUCUUGGAACGAUUGAACCACUUGACUAUUCAUUCAAUUAUUCUAUUGAUGAAAAAUUUUCAGUUAUUGAUUUAGACACUAAUACAACUUCUAUCGAAAAACAUUAUAUAUGUGAAGCACCUCGGAUAGUAGAAACAAUAAAAAUUUUACAUAAACCACCAUUCGUUGCUGUAGAUGUCGGAAGAUAUUCAUCAUCUAUGGCAGAAUUACCUGAUCCAUUAUUCAUUGGCAAUUACAAGUAA